CAGGCGGACAGGUAGCAGACCACCACGCGGAUGCAGACUCGUGGUCUGCACCAACCAAGACUCACCCGUGAUAUGUGAUCUGGCACUUGUAUUGUAUCGAUGGUGGUUCGACGCUGUUUGUCGGAGACCGGCUUAUUGCUUUUGGUCCUGUUGACCAGCUGUGGUGGGAUACCGCUGAAACACUCUUCUGCACAUGGGGAAAGGGGAGCAGAGCGCCCAACGGGAUUCGGAGGAUUCGACCGUGAUGAUGCGGAGGUUUACCUCAAUUUCUCGCGGAUAGCAUACUGCGAAGAUGGCAUGAUUGAGGAUUGGAGCUGUAAGAUAUGCCAGGACAUGCGGGGUUUCCAAACCUACUUUGUCAAUGCGGAGAAGCUUGUCUCGAGGCAUGUUGGAGUGUUUGUUGGAUACUAUGAACCCUUGAACACGGCAGUCGUGUCUUUCCGAGGGACGGACUACCUCAUCAACUGGGUGCAAGACCUGGAAUACUACAAGGUGGACACAAAGUUUUCAGCUUGCGACUCAGCGGACGAUGGAAGGCAGAGGCAUCAUCACUGCAGGGUUCACUCGGGCUUCUUCCAAGACUGGCAGUCCGUCAAGAUGAAUGUCUUCAACGCGACGACUGCGGUUCUGAAAGACCAUCCCGACUCUGCUAUGAUGGUGACGGGUCACUCCCUUGGUGCUGCUCUUGCCGCUCUGUGCUCGUUGGAGCUCUCCAUGCUCUUCAACCGCACGGACAUCGGGCUGUACAGCUUCGGGGAGCCGCGCGUGGGGAACAAGUUUUUUGCGGAUUUCUUCGCUGAGAGGGUUCCGAGGACGAGCAGGAUAGUCCACCAGGACGACGUUGUUCCUCACCUUCCGCCACAGGGGAAGGGCGUCUUCCUCCUGACGGACUUCCAUCACCAUCCCACGGAGAUCUGGCAGACAGGAAGCAAGGACGAUGACUUUGUCAUCUGCGACCAGACCGGGGAAGAUCCCAAGUGUUCCAACUCUCUGCCUCAGUGGGACCGAAGCAUUGAGGCGCACCUUUGGUAUCUUGGGUUUCCAAUCCAUUGCGACGGAAUUCGACAUGUGGCAAAGAAGCGUCCUAAUGAUAGCGCGUCCGAUUCUCGGAGCACAUGAGAGUUGACUUUUUGUAGAGUGUGUCAAUAUACAAACAGCCGAAUUUC